AUGGUCAAUCAGGUGAAGGACGACGCCGCGAAUGCGCUGGAGCUCGCCACCGACGACGCCGAGCACAUGUGUGUCAAUACCUCCCCAGGAGGUGGGACCUUUUUGGGCGUGGAUCGAGGUAGCCAUGCCACCGGACGGGCAUACGCGAGGGCAUCCCAUGGAAGGGAAGAGAUCAUCUGGAAAACGCCAUCGGCGCGCAGGUCGAUAUUCAGCAUCGCCAGAUGUCCAUCCUUGCGGGUGGCAUCCUCGUCAGAGAAGAUCAUGGCGUGA